CUUGUCUCCCAAGCAUCACCUCCUGCACGCAUGACUUCCCACUAUUCUCCCACCUGCAGGACAGACACAGAAGAAAGCUCACCCGCAUAUCCUCCUUUCCUCCUCGUCCUCUUCCUCCCUCCCCGCUUACCCUCACAGCUCAAUCACCCAAUCCAACCCCCCAUCCCCUCGCCGGCGCCCGUAUCAAUCCAGUCGUGUGAGCAACCCUCCCGACCUACCUGCAUCCGUCAAGGAAAGACAAAAAAACCUACUCCGUACAACAAACCCAGAAUCAAGAAAAAUAAACAAUCACAAGAUCCAAGGGAAAAACACUAGGCCCUUCCUCCCGCCUCCGCGCGCUCCCUCCCACUACACCUUUCGCACUAACUACUGCAGGUAUCUUACACACAUACCUCUCUUCCCAUCCCAAGCUCUUCCCUUUUUUUUCCUCUUUACGGGAAUAUACUUUUAUACUACUGCACGAAUACGUACAAUACGAGUUUCCCACUGUCAUAUUACCCCUCCCCCUCACCCUCUUCCUCCUCUUGCUGCUCCGACAACGAACAGCACAAGCACCUAACCUAUCGUUAGCUACACAUAACCAACAUAUCGGGAGCACAUAGCAUGCGAAAUUCUUCGACGAGAUUCCAUCUCUCCGAUCCACACGCCC